AUGCAAUCUAAGCCCUAUGCUUCUCUGGUGGGAAGCCUUAUGUAUGCAACCAUAUGCACACGACCAGAUAUUGCUUUUAUAGUAGGACUGAUGGGAAGGUUUCAAGCAAAUCUAGGAGAAGUACAUUGGAUAUCUGCUAAAAAGGUUCUGAGAUAUUUGCAAAGAACCAAGAACUUCAUGUUGGUUUAUGGCAAAAGUGAAACUUUGGAACUUAAGGGAUAUACUGACUCAGAUUUAGCUAGUGAUGUGGAUGAUAGAAAGUCAACAUGUGGUUAUAUUUUCAUGCUAAAUGGUGGUGCAAUUUCUUGGAAAAGUGCUAAGCAAACUGUUAUUGCUACAUCCACUAUAGAGGCUGAAUUUGUAGCUUGCUUCGAAGGAAUGAAACAGGUUGUUUGGUUGAAGAACUUCGUGUCAGAUUUAAAGGUUGUGAGUUCAAUUCAAAAGUCUGUGAGAAUGUUUUGUGCCAAUAAUUCAGCCGUGUUCUUUGCUAAGAAUAAUAAGAGAACUUUUGCUUCGGUUGAUGGAUGUAAAGUUCCUUAA